GAACGUCCCCGUGGCCUGCGGCGCCCGCUGGUUGUCAGGGUAACCGCGCCUCUGCUUUGGAAGAAAUUCUCUGCUGGGUUUGUACGCGAUUUCCCGCGCAGCUGGCUGUGCCUUUGAGGCGUUGAGCAGAACGAGGGCCUGGUGGCCCUGUGAUGGAGGGCCAUCGACAGGCUUUGUGGCCUCGGCCUUUGAGAUCAGCAGUUUCUCGUCUCAAACGGAGACCAUAAAUAAUAAGAGUAGUUUCCGGGACUAAGUGUAAAUGUAACGCCUGGCGGUAGUAAGCGCUCGCCAAGUGUUACCAUCACCCUCCCGAUUGAAAACGGCAGCACAGCAGGUUAGAGAAAUGCAGGCUCCUGGUUUGGUGUCCAGGGCGACAGGCGGGAGCUCAGCAGGCUAGGAAGCCGCCCCCACCUGGCGUCCACCCCAGCCUGGGCUCGCGGGAAGGGGCGGGCGGCGGCGGCGGACACGUGGCCCUCGGGGACAAGGUCGCGAGCGGGCGGCGGAGGAGCUGGGACAUGGCACGGUGGGUUCGGCCUGCUCUUUGCGUCCUCAGGCUCUGGGGCCCUGCAGGGUGGAGGAGUCUCUAUACGGAAGUCAGAGGUGUCCUGGGGGAGGGUCAUCAAGGGCCUUCCCCUGGAAGAACAAACGUGGUGACCACCAGCCUUUGGGGUAUGAGAAAGGUAUCCUGUGCAGUGGGGCUGGCAGCCCUGAACUCUGGCAUUGCAGGUGGAAGAAGACCUAUAUCUUUUUCUGCUAGUGCCUCAAGAAUCUUUGGAAGUGGAAACAACAGUAAGAAGAAGCUUUUUCUUCAGGAUAUAGCUGAGCUGAUUCGAGCCAGAGCCUGCCAGAGGGUGGUGGUCAUGGUGGGGGCCGGCAUCAGCACGCCCAGCGGCAUUCCGGACUUCAGGUGCCCCGCAGUGCCUAGCUCCUCCCUCACCACCCUGGUUCGCUCCACUGCCCUGCCCGCUUCGCAGGGCUCAGAGCCUCUUGCUCCUCUUUGCAGGUCUCCAAGGAGUGGCCUCUACAGCAACCUGCAGCGGUAUGACCUACCAUACCCUGAGGCCAUUUUCGAGCUCACUUUCUUCUAUCACAACCCCAAGCCCUUUUUCACUUUGGCCAAGGAGCUGCACCCCAGGAGUUACAGGCCCAAUGUCAUACACUACUUCCUCCGCCUGCUCCACGACAAGGAGCUGCUUCUGCGGCUCUACACACAGAACAUCGAUGGGCUCGAGAGAGUGGCUGGCAUCCCUGCCUCAAAGCUGGUUGAAGCUCAUGGAUCCUUUGCCUCUGCCACGUGCACUGUCUGCCGAAGGGCCUUCCCAGGGGAGGACAUUUGGGUUGACGUGAUGGUGGACAGGAUCCCCCGCUGUCCAGUCUGCACUGGCAUUGUGAAGCCUGACAUCGUAUUCUUUGGGGAGACACUGCCCCAGAGAUUCUUGCUGCAUGUGGUUGAUUUCCCCAUGGCAGAUCUGCUGCUCAUCCUUGGGACCUCCCUGGAGGUAGAACCUUUUGCCAGCUUGUCUGAGGCCGUGCGGAGCUCAGUGCCCCGACUACUCAUCAACCGGGACUUGGUGGGGCCCUUUGCUUGGCGUCCUCGCAGCAGGGAUGUGGUCCAGCUGGGGGAUAUGGUUCACAGCGUGGAAAGGCUGGUGGAGCUUCUGGGCUGGACAGAAGAGUUGCAGGACCUCAUGCAGCAGGAAGCUGAAAAGCUCAAUGGAUGGGACAGAUAGGGUGAUGGCUGGUCCCCGUCACUCCCGGGACCAGAAAUGGUUCCACGGAGUCAAUGCUCAUCGCUAAGGAAACAGUUUUAGCUGAACUGGAACCUGCAUCCUAAGGAAGAACAUGAGGCUGCCCAGGUCACGAACUCUACGCCAACCAGUUGUGUUAUGCUCACACCAAAGACCAUCCAUCACAGGUGCUAGAGCUGCCUGGCACCUUUCUGCUAUUGGACUCUUCAAUCUGCUGAAACUUGUGGUGGAUGGCAAGCAAAAAGCUUUCUUUUGACCACUUGAACUCCAACAGACCACUUGAAAUCUCCAACUGGAUCAGCUGUGUCCAGGUCUCCACCUGAAAGGCAGUCUCGGCAUCUGUCUGUUAAAGACACAGUCUCGCUGAGUGGCCUCAGUCACUCCCAAGGCAUGGUCCUGAAUCCCAAGUAAUAAAAUAGGAGGCCUCUAGUAUGCUGGCCUCCUUACUAGAGUUAUGUUUAAUUAAAGAAACUAUUCAUUUCUGGCA